AACAGCUUCCAUGGCCCACGCACAGGGUGCCACCGGGAUGGGCGCGGCAGAAGGUCCCACGGGGCACACGGAGUCUGCUAACUCAUCAAGAGAAAAGAACUCGACAAAUUCUCUGGAACAAAAGAUCAGAUGCUUGGAAAAACAGAGAAAAGAGCUCCUGGAAGUUAACCAGCAGUGGGACCGGCAGUUCAGAAAUAUGAAAGAGCUGUAUGAAAGAAAGGUCACGGAGCUGAAGACGAAGCUGGAGGCCACGGGAAGGCCGCACGGCGCCCUGCAGACGGAACGGCCGCCCCGCCAGCGGGACAGCGACAGUCCCAGGGACGUGGCCCGGGAGCGGGAGCAGCCGCAGCAGCCGCAGCAGCCGCAGGCGGAGGAAAAGGAGAGCCUGAACGGAGAAUUGCAUGAGCUGAAGAGAGAAAAUAAGGUUUUAAGGGAAAAGAAUGUUCUCGCGAGCAGGAAGGAGGAGUGUUACGAACGUGAAAUAAGACGCCUUAACAAGGCACUGCGGGAUGCCUUGAGAGUUGAGGGCGCCUCCUCUCCCGAGGGCCGUUUGGCGAAGCCUGCACAGGGGCGCAGCCAAGACGAGAUGAGAACGGAAGUGGAGGUUCUCAAACAGCAGGUGCAAAUAUACGAGGAAGACUUCAACAGGGAGCGAUCGGACCGGGAAAGGCUCAAUCAAGAGAAAGAGACGCUACAGCAAAUUAAUCAAACAUCUCAAUCCCAGUUGAAAAAGCUGAAGUCUAAGUUAAAAGCUUGUGAGAUGGAGAAAGAAAAACUAGAAAAGCAGCUAAAACAGGUGUGCUUGCCCACCUGUCGCUGCAGCUUCGGCGUCCACCUGUGGGAUCGACGCGCACACGCCGGGCCCGGGGCUGUGCAGGAUCUGGAGAGGCGCCCACCGGACUGUCGGUGGUGCACUCCUGACCAGCUUCCGCCAGAUGUGCAGCACAAGGCCAAUGAUUUCUCCUCCAAAAAGAAGGUCACCCCGUAG